GUUAGAACUUAGCAGUCUGCGAAAGCGGUGUCAUUCCAAAUCCGAACUGUUGUAUGGAAUUCAGCCCAUACUCGGAGCCCUGAAGGUCAAUCAGCGAACCUUCACAAAACUCUAUGUUAAAGAAUCUUUCCUGCAGACUCCACUCACACAACUGGCAUCAAGAAAUGUCUGGUUGGCUGAAGUUAUCAGUUUAGCUUCACAGAGGCAAUUACCGAUGGUGGGUGUUCCUCUUGAUUUUCUUACUGUUGCUACCAACGGACGUCUAAAUCAAGGCGUUGCCGUUGAAUGCUCCGCGAUGCCCAUGGCUGCUCUACCAUUUGAACCUCUUCCACAAAUCUUGCACUUCUUGCACUGCCCCUACCCACGACCCGCAUCAUACAGUUGCUGUGGUUCCUCUGGAAUUAUUCUGCUUCUUGAUCAACUCCAAGAUGUCAUGAAUUUGGGCAGCAUUCUCAGGUCGGCGGUUUUCUUUGGUAUUCCGUCAGUCUUGAUCUCUGCCCAUGCUUCAGCGAUGCCGUCUCCCCUAAUCAGCAAAUUGAGUGCCGGAGCCAUGGAGUCACUACGAUUUUACCGUGUGCCGCACAUCAAGCAAUCUUUGAAGACUUUGUCAGAAAAAGGAUUUCUCGUUGUUGGCACCGCUGGAAAGAACCAGGAUCCUUUUAAAGAGGACAUUCAACACCGCCCCGCACUUGAUUUGGAAUUGGUGAAACCGCAAUUGGUUGGAGCUCCACCUGCCGGAUCUAGGGCCCCACCCCGACCUCUUAUAUUGGCUCUGGGUUCUGAAGCCAAGGGUCUGUCUCCGGAAGUCCUUAGCGUUUGCAACCUAAUUGUCCGCAUCCCAGGUGUUGUUGACGAGGCCUUGUCCUCUGCCGACUUUGCCAACUCCCCCACCUGCCCUCUGCCCACUUCACUCAACGUGGCGGUUGCGACAGGCACUCUCCUCUACGCUCUGAAAAUCCUGCGGCAGUCUCCUACUGACAGUCUAACUAGUUGA